UGACCAGAAAGCAGAAGAAGACGCAGCAGCCAGGAAGCCGUCUGUCUUCCUGUCUGACAGUCGCGUCAAAGGAAAAGAAAAAGAGGAAAUAAAAAAAAAAAAAAGCCGAAUUGCAGCUUAAACCUUGUCCCUUUUGAUUCAGAGCAGUAGAUUUAAAUAGCCUGAGACAUGUCGAAAAACACCGUGUCCGCCCGAUUCCGGCGAGUGGACGUGGACGAGUACGACGAGAACAAAUUUGUGGAUGAAGAGGACGGAGGGGAAAAUCAGCUGGGUCCUGACGAGGCAGAGGUGGACUCUCUCAUCAGACAAGGGAAUCUCACAGAGGCGUUACACGCAGUCCUGAAGAACCCACCGAUCAACACAAAAAACCAGAACGUCAAGGAUCGAGCCGAGGGCCUGGUGCUGAAGGUGCUCAGUGCCUUUAAGAGCAGUGACAUCGAGAAAGCGGUGCAGUCGCUCGACAAGAACGGCGUGGACCUGCUGAUGAAAUACAUCUACAAAGGCUUUGAGAAGCCAUCAGAGAACAGCAGUGCGGUCCUGCUGCAGUGGCACGAAAAGGCUCUGGCAGCCGGAGGAGUGGGCAGCAUCGUCCGGGUUCUAACUGCGAGGAAAACGGUUUAACAGCAGAGUUAAGAGGCCCGUCACAUCUCUGACGCGCUGCACCGCUCAUGUACCAGAAGGCAUCGGAGCUAAAAGGAAAAUCAGAUUUUGGUUGUUUUUACCCACUGCUGAUUUACCUGACAUGCAGGUCAGAGUGGGUGAACAGUUGAUUUUCUUUUUUUCCUUCCAUUUCAAACAUCACAGCUUAACUACAGUCCUCACAGGGUGCUAAACUCCCUCCUACCACAUCCAUGUGCUAACCCCUUUCCACCAGUGAUGCCCAACUCUGAGAUUGUUAUUAAAAAGUGUAAAAUAAUAAGAUGGGCUACCUCUGCUGUUAACAGAGUUAUUUUGGUCUGCACCGACUCCACGUUAAUUAUCACGUCGCUUUCCUUGUUCGUUUUUGUUCUCCAUUAUGUUAUUUUAGCAUCAAAGACUCUGAGCGAAUAAAAGCAGCAAAUCCUCUGAGAGUGACACCAGAGCCGCGGGCAUCAACAGAACAGAACAGCACAGUUACAGAUGGCGGGUGAUAAUUUGAGCCACGGGGGUCGGCUUUGGAUUAUUACCCACGAUGCAUCUCAGUUUGUCGUUUCUUCAUAUACAUACCCUCCCCUCUGCUACUUAACAGGACGUCAUGUGGCUUUAUGGUCCUCUUAUAGUAGCCACGUUUUCCUUAUGUGGCAAUGAGAAAUUAUGUGAUCAUAUUUUCACAUUAAUUUAAUCUCUGCUUUACAAUGUAAUUCUCGGUUUAAUCCCCACUCAGUUGAAAUUAAAAAAACUGUGCUCUGACCUUUUUGAUAUUAAUGCUUUUCUGUUGAAUCACAGGUUUUUGUUUUGCUAUGUGUGUAGUUACGGGGAUUUAUGUGGGUGAAAUGUAUUUAUGAUGUUUGCAUGAUCCCGUUUUUGAAUUUAAUUUUUUUUUUUCCUACUUAUUUUGUUUUGCAACAAAUAAUAUUUUGUAUUACGUAUCAAGUUAAUUUCAUGCUGUAAGUUUUCUAAAACAUCCUAAACUGGCUGUAGUUCUUUAACAACCUCAUAAACGAACAGCAAGACUAAUUAAAGGACAUUUUCUAACAUAAUGUUUUGUCUGCCUUAUGGUUUAUAUGAGUUGCCAAAUUCUUUAUUUUUUGUUUUCAUUUGAAUUAAGUAGCCCGAUUAAGUGAUUUUUUAUUUUUUUUUAUUAUUAUUAUUAUUAUUAUCGGAGCUUGUGUAUAAGAUAGGUCUGCUGUGGUUCAAAAUGUUGCAGUUUUGAAAAGAAACAAUGCCAGCUUUGCUCCUCAGUGAUGAGAAAUAUUCAACCAUUAUAGUUUUAACUCUGCUUAUGUCAAGUACAGUUUACACGUUUUACUAAUUAUGAUGCAUCCAGACAUUAGAUACAGUUUCUAAAGCAGUAAUAAGAUGUAACGUGAGGCCAGAGAUGUCUUCUGAUUCGUGUAGUUCUGGUCUGUGAUGCUCUUCAAGACUGGAGGUGAGAGAACGAGGGAGCGGAGCAAACUGAUGCGUUAACUGCCUUACUCAAAUGUUUCUUUUUUAUGUUUGAGUUUUUUUCUUGUUUUUUGAACAAAAAUAAAAGGUAUGACUGCUGA